AGGGCCUUUCACUGUUUUUCUUGUAGUCAUGCUUCGCAACAUUGUUAGAAAAUACACAACCGCUGUUACGGCCAACCCAACGGUGAAGCCUCUCGCUCGCCACGCCGAACAAGCCUCUAACCGAGCUGCAACUUGGGCUCGAUCACAACAACCCAAGGCCGAUGCCUUUGUUGGUCCCAAGUUCGAGCAACGAAACCUGUCAAAGCAACCUAACCCUAUGGCUGCCAUCGAGCUCAUCGGCGAAGAACCCAUUCACUAUGUCACUGAACGCAUUGCUGUCUGCAACGGCGGAGGUGGUGCAUUGGGUCAUCCAAAGAUUUACAUCAACCUCGACAAGGCUGGAUCCCACCCUUGCGGUUACUGCGGUAUUCGAUUUGAACGUGAGGGCGGCCACCACCAUUAAGUAGACUAGAAGCUCUCUCAUAUCACCUACCCUUAAACAUCCCACUGCUUUUUUAUCGCCAAACACAAAAGAUGUGAUAUCCCAAGAAUUGUUACGCUUUUGUAUCUUAUUCUUGCAUUUAUUUUGUUUCCAUCCAAUGUAGCUAUUACCACGUAGAUGAAACCAAAUGAUGCAAAAAAUGAAUUACCAAAAAAAAA